CUCACCCCACUCUCAAAUACACUCAUCAUCAUUCUCUCAUUAUUCAUAUACUUUUAGGCAUAUUCCCAAUGGCAAGUGUUGAGGUUGAAUCAGUUGUAAACACCAUGCCUGCAGUUGAGAAGCUAGUAGAACCCGCCCCAGAAGCACCAAAAGAAGUCGAGCCAGUUGUUGCUGCAGAGCCAUCAGUGGUUGAUCAAGAGCCAAAAGAAGCAGAAACCGCCGUCGAUACUCCUCUUCCACCAGUGGAAGAACCUGCAGCCAUCCCCCAAGUCGUGGCUGAAGCCGACGUCGCUGAUGUGGUGGAAGAGGCUAACGUCGAAGCAGAGGAAACAAAGGCAGAGACGACGGCUGAGGAAGAGGUGAAGACUGACGAAGAAAUAACUCCUGUUGUGACGAAAGACGACGUCGUCCCUGAAGAAACUCCAGGGACGAACGAGGUGGUCGUCCCAGAGGACGCACCAGUGACCGAGGAAGCUAAAGAAGCUGUUGAUGAGGUUGUUGCCACUACCCCUACUGAAGUUGCCGCAACAGAGGAAUAGAUCGAGUGAGAUAUAUAUCUCAGAAUUUGGAUAUGGUAUUUUUAUUAUUAUGUUGUGACUUUGGUUUUUAGUAUGGUCGAAAUUUCGGGUUCUAAUUUCUAUUUUGUCAUAAUUCUUCAAAAGCCAAUUAAGUGCAAGAUAUGAUUCGAUUA